UUGGCAGGGCCACACCAAAUGAUUUUGCGGGCCUCGUACGGCCCGCGGGCCGGCCGUUCCCCACCCCUGAUGUAGAGCAACAGACAGAUGCACAUUAACAUUGAGGUGGUGGGCUCAGAUAAUUGCCGCAGGAAUAUCGGAGUGGUGCAUCCCUGUGGUGACGCCUCCUUUUUCGUAUUUGUCAAUCGGUCAUUGAGUAGUUACAUGUUAAAAUUAAACUAAAUUAUGUUUAUUUUACCAGGUCAGACCCAUUGAGUUACAUAGCUCUUUUUUAGAAUCAAUCUGGCGACAAAUGAUAGCUCAACAAAAUAAGGAAAAAACGGAGGUCCCAGAGGAGAACAUGCAAACUCCGAAUAUAUUUUUCUAUUGCCUAUUCAAUUCUGGUUUUAAAUCAACCUGACACACAAAAAUAUGACGUUUUAGAGAAUGAAAUUGAGGAGUCACAAGACAUCUAGACGACGCUGUACAUCGGAUUCCCGGUCGUGAGUUUAGCUGCCCGUGGUCCCCAACUCGGUUAUGCGCGGUUGAAGAAGCUGCAGGUGGUGAACAGUUCCAACAUUGAGCUGCGACCAGAUCCAAUGUUCUUGGUUGCACAAUUUAAGGACAUUUAACGUUCACCGUUGUUACGUUACGUUUGAGACAGCUUUUGCCAAGUUAGACUGAUUGCUGCCUUUAAAGGGCCACUUAAGCCGCUACGGUUUUAUUGCCGAGCUCGCGAAUGGGCGAUGAGUUGGGAGUCAUGUUCUGUAUUUGCAUCACAAUGAAAGCACAGAAGUUUGGUACCGUGUUCAUGAAUCUGGGAUGGAGCGAAUUCUCUUCGUUAUAGGACGCAGCCUGUCCUUUGAAGCAACGAUUCUGAUGGUGCCUCUUAUAAUCCGGUAGCUGUGUGUACCGUGUGCACAGAUUGGUGUAACCCAUUAUGAAAUCAUCAUCAUCGACAUUACAAACUUAUUGACACACGUUUGUGGGGGGCUGCGACUGACAUACCGGUGCGCCUUAUAAUCCGGAGAAUGCUGCAAUUCCACGACAGUUUAAAAAAAAAAAAAACCCAGACUUUGGGUUUCAAUAAAAGGUUUUAAACCUCCAGAUCUGGCAUCACCACAGCACCGCCAGACGCACGUGGUGGCUGUUCCCUCGCUAACCCGGUUAUACACUCCCCCCCCCCCCCCAGUUCUUGAUCGGUAACAAAUAUCCGAACCGCUUCUUCUUGAUCGAUUCGGUACUCCUCGGUGCAGUGCGUAAACGACAGCACCGAGGGAGACAAAGGCGGCCGGGCCGCUGUGCUGGCCACUCCACGCACCCUCGUGUGUCGUGGCCGGGGCCCUCGGACUGUCUGCUGAGGCUGCACGGGAGAGGAGGAGGAGUGGUGGGGGGAGAGGGCUUCUUUGUUUUCGUUUCUUUAGAACGUGACGAAGGAAGUUGUUGCGGUGUCUUAGCCUGGCGUGGAUUGUACUUCUCGUCAUCAUCAUCAAUCAUCUUGGGGCCGAUACAGAUGGCGUGUGCAGUGGCCACUCCGGUGCUGGAGCCGAGCGGGGACUUCCCGGCGUGGCUGGAGGCGCAGGGCGUGAACGCGGAGGUGGCCCAGGCCAUGGACUCUGAGCUGGGCAUCCGGGACUACGGGGUACUGCGCGCCUGCGUCAGGGAUGGCCUCGUGCGGGCCGAGCUGCUGUCCACGGCGCGCGACCGCCUGCCCUUCGGCUUCUACGCCGUGCUGCGGCAGGUGGUGAAGGCCCUGCAGGGCGCCGAGCCCCACGACGCCGGGACGCCGUGCUGGGAUGCCGCCGCCGCUGCUGCCACCGAUUCCACCUUCUCCCCCGGCGACGUGACGCUGAGAGGCCUGGUGGACGUGCUGCUCGCGCUUUUCAACGGCUUGAGCCGGGAAUUACAAAUGUCUGUACAGAGACUGGAUGACAUGGAGCAUCAGAAACAUGCCGUGGCAUCUCCUUUAUCAGCAACUGCUGCCACUUCUGAAGAUGCAACAGCACAAAUGCAUUCUUGCAUAGCAAGCGACGAGGCAGAAACGAUUUCAGCUGCAAUCAAAGAGGAGUCCGAACCCAAAUUGACAGCAAGUCUUCGUAAAGCAGAGCUCUUUCAAGAUGCUGUUGCUGAUUUGAAUCAAUCUCUACUGCUUCCACAAGUACAGAAGCAAGGCUCAGUAGACCACUCUGCAAACGAAUCACUUGGUAAACCUCACUUGGACAUCCACCCCAAAUUCAUCAUCCAGAACGUGACCUCACUUUCAAAUUCCAAACCAAAUCCCACAGACGCUCAUCCGUGUCUGUGGCCAAUGCAGGAAGCGAGUAGGACACUCAACGAAGACACCGAGAACGGCUGUCUCUCGAUUAAUCAUAGCCAGAUGCCCUCCGGUGAGGGCACGUCGUAUGAGCUUAAAUCGGCAAUACCCAACCACCUAGAGACGCCUCGGUUGGAAACCUCUCAAGAUAAGCCGCACAGCUGUGACGUGUGCGAUCGUAGCUUCACUUGGCCCAGCGAGCUCACAAUCCAUCAGCACGAGCACGCGGGCGAACAAUUGCACCACUGCAGGGUGUGCGGGCGCAGGUUCCUGAAGUCCAGCUACCUGAAGGUCCACUCGCGAACGCACACGGGUGAGAAGCCCUACUGCUGCCAGUUUUGCGGGCACAGAUUUUCACGGUACGGAGUGCUGAAGAGCCACCUUCUGACGCACACCGGUGAGAAGCCGUACACCUGCAAGGUGUGCGGCCGCAAGUUCACGCAGCGCUCCAACAUGAGGUCCCAUGAACGGACGCAGCACGGCACGGGGGGAUCAUGAAAAGGCGUUGAGUGAUGGGGUCCUGCACUGCCUAAUUAAUGCAGUGACUUUCAGCGCUGGGUUUUGAGGGGGCUCCCAAAAAUGUAUAUUGUACUGUUAUGUAACGGUUCAAAUUAAAUGCUGUAGCACUGUGAUAAAUUAUCUCGGUAAUUUGGUAAUUAAAAUUACAAUGACUUUGUAUUGAUAGCAGUUAUGUGCCGACAUUAAUAUAGUAUUGGACUUUUUUAAUUAAGAUUUAGUUUUACUAUAUAUCACAUAAAAAACAGAAUGGAAGUAAACGUAGUAAAUAAAGGUGUUGUGUUUGGCAUCAUAGGGCAUGGGUAGUGGUGGUAAAACAACAGGAAAGAAGGAAUUGAGUAUGCAAAGAGAGGCCUCCAAAACUCUAGGUCCCCAUCAAAUCAUAUCUGGCCCUCAUCAAAUCCUAUCUGGCCUUGGUCCCAUGUACGUGGAUUAUUGUCUCAGAAUGUACAGUGUGUAUUUGAAAUAAUGUGUACCAGGACUGCAUUUAAAUGGGGAUAUUUUAGAGGACCGACGAAAUUUGGGAAAAAGUAAAAAAUCACAUUCCCAAAGCUUAAAAAUCGAACAGCAUGCAAAGCGAUGCUAACUUGUUCACUGCGUAACCACGCUUAGGGGCCGCCCAUAAAAGACGUCACGCACCUAGGGGGGUGGGGUCAGGCAUUUGUGACGAUGUGUGAUGAG